AUGACCGAGAAAAAUAUCUCGCGAGAAUUGAACGGCAAUAGUAGGGACGAUGCGACAAUUACCUAUUCAAGACUUGGACAGUCUACCCCUCCAAACGGCACCUUCAGCCUCAGAGCCACAAGAUCCCCGAGUGGCGCAGAUGGGGUGAAUUCUUUAUUGACUCCUUUGUCGGAGGAGUCCUCUGUGGCUGACUCUUCCUCUUCAUCCACAGACAGCCGUCAGGUCAACGACUUCAGUGGGCGCACUGCUCCAGAUGGAAAAAUUGCCAUCCCACGCGAUUUGAACAGUUAUGCUGUACCAAUUGCUGGGCGAGUACUGCGGGCAUGUUCGUCAUGCCGGACUCGUAAAGUGAAAUGCAGCGGUGAACAGCCUGCCUGUCGACAAUGUCGAGAGCUAGAUUUGCUCUGUCGUUAUCCAAUGGGUUGGAGGGAGGAGAUGAAAAAGAAGUCAGACGACGAUUCUGCCGUUCUCAAAGAUUAUCAGGAUUUUGUGCAAGAUCUACUUCGCACUACAGAUAUCUCAGCAAACCAGUGGAUUCAUACAACACUGCAGAAGUAUCGACUAGCUCCUGACGAUAUCGCAGAGCCAAAUCAAACUCCAGCUCCGACACCGAUCAUAAAAACAGUGUCGCUCGAUCUGAAGAGUGAUGGACCAUUGCUAUUAGGCACAAAUCAAACAAACACCCGAGCUUCCUGUGAAAAAGCAGCAACAUCUCUAUUCAAUGGAGAGAGUGCGUCUGAAAAUGGCGAUGGCGAUUUCGCAGAGACUUUCAGAUCUGACUCGCUCAACCCUUCUCUCGGCGAUUUCACGUCAGCUACCCCAUCAAUCAACAAAUACAGUCUGCCUCCCCGAAAUUGCGCAGACCAGCUCUUCGAGGACUAUUUGACUAGCGUCCACCCCGAAUUUCCUAUAGUCCACCGACCCCUAUUUCGUUCUCAAUAUCUCAAAUACUGGGAGCACGCUGAGCAGCCUGGUGAUAAAUGGCUAGCAAUACUCAACAUGAUGUUCGCUAUCGCAUCCCUGUAUGCAACCCGUACGAGGGGAUCCUGGCAAGAUGAUGAGAACGAUCAUCGUCUGUAUUUCAAGCGGGCAAAAUUAUUGAGUAUGACCGAAGCUGAAUUCUUUAGUCGACCAGACCUCCAGCAAGUUCAAGUAGAAGGGCUAUGUGCUUUUUAUCUCCUUGCAUCUGAUCAAUUUGAGAAAUCAUGGAGAAUUUCCGGUAUGGCAGUGCGAUCUGCCGUUACACUCUGCAUUAACUCACAAAUAACGACAACUUUACAUUUCGUCUCGAGAGAAGCUAGAUGUCGACUAUGGUGGUGCGUCUACACUUUCGAGAAAGUACUCGGCCUUCUCGCUUAUCGAACAACAUCAAUUCCUUACGACCAACACACAAUACCUUUUCCAUUACCCUUCCAGGAAGAAAAUUAUGAAAACGACAUCCUAGCUUCAAGUCUGCUUCAAAGUUCAGAACUGAGGUUUCAGUGGCUUGACCAAGCCAUGUCCAGCUCAAAGAGCAUUCCAAAUGAUUCAGAUCUCUCAGAGAAUGAAUCCUGGCUGCGACAUAUUGAGCCGAACUCCGGUCUCUAUUUCCUCUUUUACUGUGACUUGGCUGUCAUCGUUGGAGAAAUUGCCAGCAAACUUUCCAAAUCGACGGCAUGGCCCGAUAAGGAAAGUCGAAUUGGCGAUCUUCAAAAUCGAUUAGAAUCCUGGAGAACAAGUCUCCCAGACAGUCUUGACUUCGGCCAGAUCGAAAGUGAAAACAACAUAAGCCAUGUGGGAUAUAAAUUCGGACUAGCAUUCCACUACCACAGCGCACGGAUUGCAUUCGGUCGCCCUUGGCUUUACCGUCGAGACACACUUGAAUAUGAUCAUACAACCUACAAAAUGGCCCAAGUGGCUCUCGAUGCGGCGAGAAAUAUCAUCUACCUUAUACCCGACGAGUUGGACAAGACAAGAUUCCAUCAAAUAUGUCCAUGGUGGUGCGUACUACAUUACUUGACGCAUGCUGCGAAGACGAUAUUACUGGAGCUCUCUCUAGGCUCUAUCCAUAUGCGAGAAGACGAGUCAAGUUUCAUUUGGCUAGUGAAAAAGUCUCUUCGUUGCUUUCAUACAAUGUCCUAUCGCAGUCUUGGAGCGAAACAGGCAUGGGAAUUCUGCGAUAGGUUAUAUCGCAAUCUGUCAGCUCGAAUGGGCUACAGCACUGAUGGCAUUCCUUCUGUUGACCUAUCUGAUUUGAAUGUUCAUAAUGGCAAUUUGGCAUUUUCGGAAACCAGUGAUCUAGAGCGCUUUGAUAUUUUUGAGAAUAUUGGGACUUCGGUAUAA